GGACCUACACAUAGCUUUUCUCGUGCUUUCUCACCAGCCCGCGUGCACUGGCGGAAGUUGCCCGCGUGUCUCCCAAGUCUUGAAUGACCCAAGCUCAAUGGCUAGACUGCAACUUUAAACUUGACCUUGGCCUCGAGAUGUGUCUAACCCGUAGGUAAAACGCCGCAGUCAAACUUUGGUCUUCUCUAGCCUUUCGAAUAUUGUAACUACACCGGAAACUUCACCUUUCACCAUGUUUGUGUGUGUGUGCUUGUGUGUUUGUUUACCAGGAGACGGUGUGCAUGUUUUUUCUUCUUUAUUUGCGAGUUUUAAUGAUGGAUAAUGUUUAAAGACCGAUAUAAUAAAACACAAAACAGCCCGUUUCUCUGACUCCAUUUCCAAGAAUCGAAACACUUUUAAAGAAUACAGCUCCAAACUGGCGGUGCGUUGCGACAAACAGUUCUUUCGUCAUGUAAAUCAUAAAUCACGAUUAAUUUUUGCUAGUAUUUUUAGGUUUAUAUCCGUUCAGCAAAAUAGGAAAUCGGAACAAUCUGUAGCUGUUUCAUCGGAACAAAUAAAAUUAAAUGGAAUGUACACGUAUCGUAAUAAUGCAAAGGGUGGAAUCUUAUUUUAGUGCAUAUUUAUGCUUUCAUACACUAAUACAAAAUGUCAGUAGGAAAAUGUGUGCAUUCUGAAAAGUAAAACACACAUUGGACUUUCAAACUUUUCAGUGAAUGGGGUUUCCUUCGAGACCUUUUUCUUGCUGUUUAAAUUAUAUGCAUUUGAAAAAAUUGGCAACAAUUGGAAAUCUUCAAUUUGGCCUAAACUUGGAUAUGUAGGCUACUUCUGCCGACACUCCAAGAUCCUGACUCAUAGAACGUGGGUUCUCUCUGUCCACGAGUUUAGGUAAUAUUAUGGAAUAAUAUGUUUAGGCUAAUUAUUACAGUUUAGCUGGGAAUUUGUUUUUAUUCAGAAUUUUAUUUUUGUACUUAAAAUGUCUGUCCCAAAGGUAUAUCGAAUACAUUACGUUAUUCAUAGAAAAGACGACAGUCGAAAUUAAUUCACCCAUGUACACACCAGAUGCGUUUUUCACUCAAACAUUUACGAAAAGUCGAUCUUUAGAAAUAUACGAUCGUCUAACAAUGGCGCAUGUUUUUCGCACACACAAUUAGACUAUCUGUAUCUUAGAUGUUUAUCAUGUUAUUUGCAUAUCAUGUGCCCGGUCUCGACCAAUAACCUGGGAGCGCACAGCAACGUCAGGCGGUCUGUUACACUCGGAUUCGGUAUCUCCGUUUUGCGGUCUUUGGGAUUUGUUAAAAAAAAAAGAAAAAAAAGAACCAGUUGUCUCAAUGUCGGACAUGCUAUGACAGCGUCAGUGCUUCUCCGUCCGCGCUGGGUUGACCCGGUGAUGUUCCUGUACGAUAACGGCUCAGACGAUGUAACCGGAGGCAUGGAUGCGUUUUCGGGCGGCGACUUUGCUGCGAAUCGGUGCAGGAACGUGAUGGCGCACCCGGCGUCACUGCCUCCCGGCGCCGCAUACGCGUCCAGCGAGGUUCCGGCGCCUGGCGCGGGCGAACCCGUUAAACGGUGCGGCCCCUGCUCUGCCGCCCGCGGCUCCCCCGGCGCCUCCCUGCCCUACGGCUACUUUGGCAGCGGCCACUACCCGUGCCGGAUGCCCCACCAGUGCGGCGUCAAAGCGGGCACGCAGCCCUCCCCCGCCUACGGGGAGAAAUACAUGGACACGUCCCUUCCUGGCGAGCAGUUCGCGUCCAGGGCGAAGGAGUUUACGUUCUAUCCGAGCUACGCCGCCGGUCCAUAUCAGCCCGUGCCCAGCUACCUCGACCUUUCAGGCACGAGUGGCCCCGCGGAGCCCCGGCACGAGCCCUUGCUGCCCGUGGACAGCUACCAGCCGUGGCCGCUGAGUGACGGCUGGAGCGGCCAGGUCUACUGUGGGAAGGAACAGACACCGCCGUGCUCCCUGUGGAAGUCACGCCUGCCAGAUACCGCGUCACAAGCGGGAGUGGACGGCUGCCCUUUUCGCCGUGGGAGAAAGAAGCGCGUGCCGUACACCAAGGCACAGUUGAAGGAGCUGGAGCGCGAGUACGCCGCCAAUAAAUUCAUCACGAAGGACAAGCGAAGGAGGAUAUCCGCGCAGACCAGCUUGUCCGAACGGCAGGUCACCAUCUGGUUCCAGAACAGGCGCGUGAAGGAAAAGAAAGUGGUCAGCAAACCAAAGAUUAACAGUUAGUUCCACCGGAGCCAAAAUGCAACACAACACAACAAGCCAAACGAAAGAGAACAGGGACGGAAAACAUAUCGACGGCCCGAAAGCUCUUCUGUUUGGAAUAUGACUUCCUUAUUGCCGCCGAUUACACACAACAUCCACAUUUUGUCGCCCGGUGGAAUCGAUUGUAAAAUGAGAGAGCGGACGCAAACAGCUGCAUAGACGACUGUAUGUGGCGCGAGACGAAGUCGCGUGAGAUGUGUUUUUCUUGGGCUAUGUUUUUAGUUUGCUGACGAGUGAAAAGCAAAAACAUCGGGUAGGCUAAUCAUCUUCAUGUCAAAAUUUAAUUCGUGGGUCUGUGGUCAGAGUAUUAGGGUAUGAACUCUCUACUGACCAAGGAAAUUACUGUAAUCUGCUCAGGAAAUAGCUCGUGGUAAACCAAUAUUCAUCAGGAUUCCAAAAUAAUAGCCACUGUGUGUUUGAUGCGUCGAAAAGUGGCCUAUUUUAAUGAUGUAAAGUAAGUUGUUAUUCUGAAUGAUUAAAUGGCCAAAUACUCUUCACAAAAUCUAAUUCCUUAUUGAAACAAUCAGUGCGCUGCCUUAAUAUUUUUUGAAGAUCGUGUUCAUGAUGUGAUUAACACUCUCACUGAUAACAAUCUUCUGGUGCAAUUUUGCCAGUCCUUCAUAAUCAGUCCUUCAGAAUAUCGCCAGAAAAAAACGUGUGUAAAAUUUAGCUCUCCGUGAUAUCGCCUUAAAUGUGAUUAUUCAUAAAGGUAGGCAAAACUGCGUGUAAACUGUUGAAUAAUUCGCUGGUAUAUCUGUUUGUUGUCCGUGUGCCUUGUACAAUGACCAAAGAGAAUCCCAAUAAAGCUGUGGACAUAAAUUUGACGAGCACUACAAUUUUAUUUAGGCUGUGCCCACUGUACGGGCACUGCACAGGCCCCCCACACUCAAACACUGAGGUACAGUAAACUCGUGCCCGUGCGUUAAAAGUGCCCAGCGAUGUAUUUUAAACGUUUUAACGUGAGUUCUGAUACUACCAAUAACGUUUAAAAAACUUACAAAAAAAACAAAAAACAAUCGUAAUAGAGAAAUUAUCUUCCUGUCAGGGGGACCCAUGAAUAUUCGUUCUCAAAUGACAUUUUGUGUGGACCUUAGUCCACACAAAAUGGACAAAUGGACAAAUGGAGCUUUUCCCCGAAAGAUAGUUAAUUCGUUUUUUAAAAAAUGGGGGGGGGGGGUUCGGACGUUUUUUGGUCAGUUAUUUUCUCUUUUCUGUUUUUCGCCUCAUGUUGUAGACCAAUACUGCCAUCUUGUGGCGGAUGUGCUAUAUGCGCCAGUUUGUUUGUCCACUGUAACGUAGGGAGAGCCUGUAGAAUCUCGCGGCGAAUGCUAAUAGUGUUAAUUUUAUAACGGAAACCGAGGUCGGCAUAUGACCGUUGCACCGUAGCAGGGCGCCACUCGGUCGCAUAGAUCCUGUAAAUAUUUUGACCCAAUUCGUCGUAUUUAAGAAAGAACUCACAAUAUCAGCUUUUGUGUUCUUCAUAAAGUUUAGAUCGGCUCUCUUAUGUAGCCUACCGUUUAUUUUAAAUUAAAAAAAAAAAAAAAAAACAUAGCUACGGAUUUAGAACAUGUUGCCAUCUUACAAAUUGUGUCCCUCUCUCACGGAGCAAUUCAGUGUUAAGAGUUUUAUUUUCAAAAUAUACUGUAUUUAACCCGUCCUAGUUACUCAGAAGCACUGGGCAGCCGCAGUGCAGCGCCCGGGGACCACCUCAGCCCAGUGCCUAGGACAAGGGCAGGAAUAUUCCGGGCCUGACAUGUGGGUGGAACCCGGAAUACCCGACAGGAAACUCGUGCGAACGCGGGAGAACGUUCAGCUCCAAACAGAGAGGAUCCGGCCGGAACUCGAACCCAGAACCGCAUCCUUGCAAGUGCUAACCACUGUGCAAACCACUGCGCCCCAGUGCCACCCAAUGUUGUGAUUUGAGAGAGAGAGUGUGUGUGUGUGUGUGUGUGUGUGCGCGUGUGUGCGCGUGCGUGCGGGUGCGCGUGUUUCGUGUGUGUGUACCAGAUCUAUAGAAAUUGUUAAUGUACCAACAUUUAUUGCUUACUUUAUGCUAAUAUGCUAACAUAUUUUCACCUUAAAAGUGAAAGAUUAUAGGUUUAUCUGAUCAUUUCUGUUCUGGAAAUACGUGGUCUCGAUUUAUCCAAAGAGUACGCGGUUUUAUUAAAUAUGAUAACGUGUUAGAUUAUAUUUAAUGGGCCAUUAAUUCCGUUCGCUUACAAUGUUAAAACGUUUCUGCAUUAGGAAUGUUUUUCAAGAGUAUGAAUGUUUUUCAAAAGUCAGUGUUCUAGAACUCCGUUCCUUUCAAUUAUCAAUCGUGAUUAUUAAAUCAGCAAUAGAAUGUUCAGUUAAAAACAUUCUAAUCGCCUAUUAGUGAUCUUAUACCUCGAAGGGUUAAUAAACAUUUUCGUCAUAUUGGUGCGGAUGUAGCCUGAUCAUUUCUAUUGAGAGGUGAACUUUCCACACUAAAUGCCUUUGAUUUGUGCACAUUGUCUUUCAAAAUUAUUUUCGUUCACCUGAGAUUUGAGCUUUUAUUUUUUUAUUAUUUAGACCUGCAUUUUAGCCUGAUCAAACCAAUUGUUCGACAGUCUACAAACUAUGCUACAAACGGAAAAUAAUUAAGUCACACAACUAGUUUCUGAAUUUAGUAGACUAACCUACGUUUCAAUUAUUUGUCGCGGACGUUUAUGAUUUAUGGAAAUAAUUAGGACAUGCAAACCCUGUGAUUUUCACCUUAACAAAUUUUCACCUUAACAAAGACAGCAUAAGAACGGGCCUGUGAUUAACCCUCCCCAUUAUUAUCUCUGAAAAUGUCUGUUCAUUUAAUGUCUGUUUCCAGAGGCGACAAUUUAUCUUACUCGGAACACGGAGGAAACCUUGUAUGUGCACGCACUCCUGCAGUUAGGCGUUAUAGAGAAUUAUUCGCGGGUCCUAACGUGUCAGUCAACGUGUGGGGUUAUGUCAUUCACAAAUGCACGGUUACCUUGUCUAGGUCAUCUGAAUAGAUUGAGGACGCGUUUCUGAAUUCUGACAGGCGCUGGCUGGAGCAGGCCUUGCAGCCGGACUGCCGACUGAGUCGAGCAGCGUUCUGGUAGGCUCAACGGUUUUCCUUUUUAAAAACACGUAGGCCUAAUUAAUAUAUUAACGUAAGAAGAUAUUCGGAUACUCUUUUACUUCAUUUUCACUACUUUCCCCGUAAACUGCAAAGCGACCUUUCCUUGUAGCUGUGACGUUACAAUAUUGCGUUAUUUUCGUAAAAUGCUCGCGCUUUAGCCACGAAGGCCUGCUUAGAGACCCUCACUUAGACAUCAUUUUAAGGUCACAUUACAGGGAAAAUGGAAACAUCGAAAAAUGAUAUAUUUUCAACUUAACUGUCAGAAAUCAUCCUGGAGUAAAAUAAAUUCAUUAACUAUGUGUUCUACAGUGAUUUUUUGCUGUAGUGAGGCUCGAUAAUACACAAUUAAUUACACUGGACACCACGGUGGAGUCAACAGCAUUCCUUAGUAAGAAAAUGCGUGCAUACGUCAUACAUCAAUAUGAUGAAUCGGUUUAUGCUAAAAUGAGCACGUGGUUUAUUCACGUCAUAAUCAAGACCACUGAUACAAGUUGACUCACAAUCUUCACUUUAUUAUAUUUAGCAUCGACAAAGUGGCGCGAGCAUCAUUUCAAAAUGUUGUCCAAACACGUCAGAAGUUGUUCAGAAAUGCAGAAUUUCAUUUGUCGCUCUGAAUUUUCAGUCCCCUACCCCCUGCGAAAAAUAAACGCGUUUGCCAUAAUCUGCCUAGAAAAAAUAAAAGUACAAUGACAAUGAAUAAAUAAAUAAUGUUAAUGCGGCAAUGGGAACAAAACGUGGGCCCAAAACGCGUAAUGCGGUUUCCUGGGGAAGAUAGUUCGUUUACGGCGCCUUUGCUUCGUAGGGAAAAUAUAGUCGAAGUGAGGCUGUAGAGUAUGAAAUUUAAUAAAAGGGCUUUGUGACUUAAUAAAAAUGUAAUGCUUCCUCAAACAAAUCAUCUUAGUGGGAGAUGUUUGUGUGCUAAUGGGCAAGAUUUUAUCAAUUUGUUUGGUAGCAGACUACAAAUAUAUGUAACAAAAGGCUAAACUAACAAAUUAAUUCAUUCAUUUUUCAUUUUAGAUCUGCUUAAAUCAAAUUUUUUUACUGUUUCUGCAAAUAGCCAACUUAACCUCAAAUUAAAUUAAAAUACUUUUUUUUUUUAAGAAUAUUGCUUAUAUUCAGUGUUAAGCAGAUUCCUUGGGAAAUGUAAUCCGAUAAUGAUUACAAAUGACAUGACUGAAAUGUAAUUAGAAACAUAAUCUGUUACGUCAUUGAACAUGUGUGAACUAAUAAAACAUAAUCUGUUUUUUUGGAUUACUUCCAGUUUAAGUAGCCAAGUAUAUUACAGAAUAAAUGUGUUGCCAACAUUAA